AUGGGCCACACACAGCUCGUAUCCACGUCUCCCUGUUCCAGAUUCAUGCCGAGGUCAAGCUCCGACCUGCUUCCGCGCGGGGGUGAAGCAGCGAAUUCGGAGCGCCAACCAAACAUUCGUCGCAAGCGCUGGGCACGCACUUCCAGAUCGCGAGCCAGCAUCGCGAAACCGAUGAAUAGGCUCGAUUGGAUCAAUGACAUCGAAGGAACCGUGGGGGAACAGUGA